UUAUUUUAUCUUCGAGCUGUUUUUCUUUUUUAUCUCGUACAUAAUGAGCUUGAUGAUUUUCUAAUUUCCGAACCCUUAGUCUCUACUCAAGCAUCAUUACAUCUUCGUGUCGCACAUUUUUGAAGCCUGGCUGAAAUCAAGGAACGGCGAAUUUAGAAUGGUGUCCAUCCACUCAGUCCUCGUCACCGGCGCUAAUCGUGGGAUAGGCCUCGAAUUCGUGAAGCAGUUCUUGACAAAUCCAGCCGUAACAUGCCAGGUUGUCAUCGCUGCCUGUAGAACGCCCGAACAAGCUUCUGACCUAAAGCAACUGCAACAAUUUCAUACUAAUCUCCACCUGAUAAAAUUAGAUGUGACUCAGUUUGGAAAUUUUGAAACCGUCGCGGACGAGGUUCGACGUCUUUUGGACGACGAGGGUCUGACUUUGUUGGUGAACAAUGCGGGUGUUUUCACUACAAUGCACGAUCUUGAAAGUUUAAAUGGAGAGGAAUUCAUGUCUAUUUUGGCCACCAAUACUGCCGCUCCUUUAUUGCUGACUAAGGUUUUUUAUCCACUGCUGAAGAAGUCGGCCCAAGCUUUACACGAUGACGGCUUGAGCGUGCAGAGGGCCGCUGUAAUAAACAUCAGUUCAUGUGCAGGCUCCAUCGCACUGUCUGGGAGAGACAAAUACCGGCCUGCGUUUGGCUACCGAGAAAGUAAGGCGGCUUUAGGGACGAGCACACAAACCUUGGCCAAGUUACUGCGUCAGGAUGGGAUCCUGGUCGAAGCUGUUCAUCCCGGCACUGUCGUCACGGACAUGGCGGGGGCAAAAGGUUCCAUCGAUACUCGCACCAGUGUCACAGGAAUGCUCGACGUUAUUCUCCGACUCAGCGAAAAAAAUACAAAUGGAUUUUAUGACUGGAAGGGAGACGUAUUACCGUUUUAACCUAUCAAUUCACGAAACCCUGGCGAGGAAGUGCGCGAAACACCGAUGACUUUUAAGCAAUACCUAUUUAUUUGUCAAGCAUACGCCUGACGAAAGCUGAGACAUAGUUAACAAGUAACCAGAAUUUCUGAAUUUCGUAAAAAUAAAAAUGGAUCGCUGG